AUGGGACUUAACGACGCUGAGUCUGAAGCAAAACUGGGAACUUUGACAAGCACCGAGGAGGACAAAGACUUUGAGGCCAUACGAUCCAAUUUUUCGUGUGCAAUAUGUCUUUCUAUAGCAUUGGAGCCAUGCAUGCCACCCUGCGGACACCUUUUUUGCUCUCCAUGCCUACUGCAGUGGAUAAAAUCAAAUCCAGAUUCGGCCUGUCCAAAAUGCAGAAUUCCAUUCACACCCGAGUCUAUUGCUCAUAUCAGUAACGGCUAUUCUGCAAAACUUAAGAAAAAUGCUAGUGAUAAGCGUAGGAUUCUAAGGCCAGGAAUCUCGCCCCAAAAUAUGCGAUUUGGGAAUCUCGUUAUCUACCACGAGGAGUCACAAAAGCCUUCAUUGAGAUACAUUGCAUUCACCACCAUGCUCUGU